AUGAAAGAAAAGCAAGGCUCACAGGCUAAAUAUGACAAAAUUAGGAUUAUUUCUGCUUUCUCUGAUGUUGACUAUGAAGAGCAAGAAGAUAAAUGUGAGGAGAUAGAAGGGAAAAUAUCACAAGACAUUUUAGAAAAUGAUAACCAAAAGGAAACAGUGGUAAAAGAAAGUCAAAAUCUUUCAAAAACUGAUAAAUACUACAGUCAACCAAAACAACCAAAGUACAAUAGUUGGAAAAAGACACCAUCUCAGAACCAACAGACAGAAUUCCCUACUGUCCUUAAUUUUGACCAUAAGUUUGAAACAUCUGUAUUCUCCAAAUAUCCUCAGAAUUAUGAUACAAUAGAUAGGAGAAGAAAAAAGAAACCCUUGUCUAGUAAUAUUGAAGACAGUAAAAGAAGGCUAUAUGAUGAUAAAUCUAAGAUAUAUAAAUCUGAGGUAUAUCCUGAUGCUGAAAAUUAUAACUGUUGUCACUUUGAAAAGAAGAAACAGAAUUUCUCAGUUUUACAUCCCUACAAAAAUGGAUUUGUGGUUAAGAGUGGCACAUGGACCACUAAGUUGGGAAGUUGUGAUUAUGAUCUGCCAUGUUGUUUAAGGGACUGUGAAAAGUCAUCUGGCUCAAACCAGCAUGUAAUUAAUUUAACUCCUCUAGAUAUUAUUGAAGAUUCUACUAGCAGUACUUCUGAAGAACUCCUGGGCUCCCCCAUUUCUGAUGAGCAGGAAGAUUUACUGUCAUCAACAUGGCAUCCAUCCAGUGUCCAUCAUAUUGGAGACUUUUCUGAUCAAUAUUAUGUGGAGAACCCAGCAUUGCAAUUAGAAAGCAUAAAUUGUGACGCAAAUACAGUUGGGUGCUCUAUGGGACAGAUGACCCCUUCUAAUGAGGAACCUAAAGAGGACUAUGUAGAUACAAUGGAUGAGCUUCAGUGUUUAGUAGAAACAGUAUCAGAAUAUUUAGCAGAGAAGGAAGAGGAGAUUAAUAGAUUUGGUUCCCUUUCAAAAACAAAAAAAACAGAUAAACAAAAUAGUACAGUUGAUGAUGCAAAACAGAAAAUGCCUAAGGAUCAAAUACCACCUUUAACUAUUACCAAGGAUGACAAGGACAAAACCCUUUCUUUCCCUGAGCUGAAUGGAGUAAAAUGUGCUGUUGGUUCUUUAUUCAGUUCACUCACAGGAAAGGUGGGUUCUGGCACAAAGCAUUUAACAAACUCUGUGGAAAAACUGGUUUAUAUAGUUCCAGAGAAAACAGAAACCGUUAAUCAAACAGAGACAAUUAAUUUGGAAUCUAGACCCAGUGCUAACUCAGUGUUGGAGAAGGAUCUUUCCAUGCAGUCUUCAUUAUCUUCUCAAACAGUUGAUGAUAAGGACAAACAUGGUAGAACUUCUGGAAAUGAGCACAUGGGCAAUAAGAUGGGGAAUCUAAGCUUUGAGAAUGUAAUAGAAACUACUGAAAGGGACUCAGUUCCACAAAGCUCAGUUAUAAAGUCUGUUUUCAGCAUGUUAAAUCCAUUAAAAAUCUUUUCAGAAAAAGAGGAAACUAAAAAAGAUGAUCAGAGUAAAGAACUGAGGAGAGAAAGCUUUGUUGGGUGUGGUACAGAGUCAAAUCAAAGGGAGGACACCCUUGACAAUCACAGUGGUAGCAUCACUGCUUUAAAUAGGAGGGAAGGAGAAACCAGAGACCAGUUCCAGAUGCAAGCAAGUGAGGAUUUGUUGUCCUCCCAAGUGGCCAACGAACCUUCAAGUUCAGCUAGUUGUGCAAGUAAGAAAGAUGAGAGUCUGUUUGAAGGAAAAACCUAUGUAGAUUUGUCUCUGUUACCAGAUCACCCAAAAAUAUGUGCCAAAGAUAAGCCAGGACACGUUUGUGUGUCUGGCAGUAGACCUGCAAAUAAAGAGGCUUCUUCAAAGCUGUUAGAGAAGGACAAAGUUACUGGUGAUGACGAUUUCUUUGAGCCACUCAGAAAAUCCUUUAGCCAGUUUUUGUUCACUUCUCCUGAGCCUUGUUCAAAGGAAACUUUGUCAGAAUCUAUGAAAAUUGACCAGGUGAAAGAAGAUGGCCGGGAAAGCAGCCCUAAGAAAGAUGGACAUUCCUUUUCCUUUAGUGGAAAAUUACAUAUUCCAUUUUUCAAAGUUCUUAGCCAUUCUGAAAAGCAGCAGGAUUUAAAAGAGAAAGGAAGCAUUUUUCCUUUGUUUAAAUUUCCUUUCACUGAUAGUCAUAAAGUUGUUAAUGACCAGAGUUUUCAUGACUCGGCAGUAACCACAGAUAAAGAGAGCCAAAGAAAUUACCAGGAAGAGGCCAAACUUAGUUCAGUAAUAUCUAACUCACUUCCAAAUGUACAUAACGAUCUGGAGAAAUUUGGUAGUACAGAGGAAUUUAAUAAGAAUGACCAAGUACAUUGUUCUAAAGAUAUCAACCUUAGUUCAUUAAGGUCUAGUUCAGUUCCAAAUAUUCAUAAUGAUCUAGGGAAAUUUGGCAGUACAGAGAAAUUUAAUAAGAAUGAGCAGAUACAUUGUUCUGAAGAUGCCAAACUAAAUAUAAUAAAUGCUGAUUCAGCCUCAAAUAUUAUUAACAAUUUUGGGAAAUUUGGGAGUAUAGAAGAAUUAAAUCCAAAUGACCAUACAGCAGUAAAGAGUUAUGAAAGUGGUGCCUUAUCUAUCCCUGGAGUUGUGUCCCCAAAACAUAAAACUUCAGAUCUUUCAGGAGAAGGUAAGAAUUUUACACAAGUGACAUUUUCAACAGUAUCUUCAUUAGAGUUUAGUUCUACCAUUUCAAAAUCCACAGUGAUUAAUGAAGACAAAGUUAUAGAAAAUACUUCCAAAAAACAAACCCAAGGGGGCCUCCUUUCUGGCCUACUUAACAGGUUUUCUUCUGAAAACUUGUCUAAUCAACAAGAAUUAAAUUCAAAAAACAAUGAUUCCUCUCAUAAGAAUAGUACUCCAAGUUUAUUACUCUCUGGAUUAUUUAACUUGAUAUCUAAUAGCAAUAUGAGUGAUUGUAAAGCAGAUGAAGCAAAGUUUAUGUCUUUAGGUGAUAUUAAAAGUUUGGAUGGAAAUAAACAUUUAUCCUUAGAUAAGAGCCCUGCUACUUCAUGUGUGACUUCUGAGAACAAGAUAAACCGGGUUGAAAAACAUGAAACUUCAGGCUUCAUAAAAAGCUUUUUAUCAUUAUCAAAAGAAAACAUACCAGCAUCUGAUGCUUGGGUUAAUAAUCAUUAUUGCCCUCCUCCGUGCAAAACCCAGCAAAAUGAAAAGCAUUGCCCCACUUCUGAGAACAUAGUAUUUCAAAGUGCUGCCAGUUCUGAACAGGGCCUCUUAGAGAAAUCUUUGAUUGAGAGGCCGACACCAAACCAUAUUCUUGAGGCAAAAUCACGUGAAAAAUUAAACACAGUAAAUUCACCUGUAUUAAACCCUAACAUUUUUAAUAAAUCAAAUCAUUAUCAGACUUUCGAAGGCAUGAGCAAUCCUUUCUAUUUUGAAUGGGACUCUGAUAUCAAAGAUCUCUCUAAAAAUUCCAGAAAACCUCAGCCAGUUUAUUAUAUGUUGAAUCAAAAUACAUUUCCAUCAGCGGAUGUUUUCUUUUGGCCUGACUCACAAAACCCAGUAAUAAAUUUUUGCCAGAAAGAUCAAAAUUCAAAAAGCUUGGAGUGGAGAACAAAUCCAAACAGUGUCAUUUGGUGUGACUUACCAUAUGAAUCAUCCGACCAGUUAGCAUUUAAUGAAGAUUACUUAUUAAGAGGUGAUAUGUGGGCAGCUAACUCAUUAUAUGGAAAUUCUGUGUACCUUCCAAUUAAUAAGAUGAAGAAUUCACUAGAAGACUUGCCUAUUGACUUAAGUUAUUCUUCAGAUGAGAAAACUUCAUGCUCCAUAGUUGAUCAAGAAUCAUUAAGCAUGGAUAGAAACCUUAUUUUUUCAGGUUUUGGUUAUGAGUAUCAGGAAUGGUUGUCAUGUCUUGAAAAUGGAGUCUGGUGGCCCUCAGAGAAUGGGGAUUAUGGAUAUUAUAUGUUCCAUGAUGGUCAAUAUAUCUAUUCUCUCCUUACUGACUCUACUGGGCAGUAUGUAUAUUUAUAUAUACCAGAUUAUUCUUAUCAAGAGUAUUUGCAUUAUGAUUUACAGACAAAUUAUCUAUCAAGUAUUAUGUUAGAUGAUAGCAUUAUUUCUGCCCAUAGUCUUAAAGUACUUGACAAGGAAGAUGAAAUAUUGUGGUAUGUUGAAGAACAACCAAUUGAUGACCCUCUUGAUUUAUCUGUAGCUUUGCCAAGAAGGGAGGGACCAUUGUGUCUAAAUUUAGAAACCUUUUCACAAGCACUUGAACAGUCAAGUUUAAUCCAGCAGGAUCAGCCAUUGGAUUUUUCAGUCUAUAAUCCUCAAAAGUUUAAAGGAGAUCUUUUAUCUUCCAAAGAAAGGCCCUGUGGCUCUGAAUGUACACUGGAUCUCAGAAAUCAGCCCCAAACUAUUAGUAAUCAUAUCUUGAACAGAAGUCAAGUUACAGCAAAAGGUGAGAACCAGCCUCUGGCUAAAGAUUCUUCAGUUCACCUUUCCAGUUUCCAGUGGCUUCCAUCAUUUUCUGAUGAAGCUUCCUCUUCAGUUCAUCCUGAAAAUUUGACUAAAGGCUUGCAGCAAGCAGAAGAGACACCAUCAGUGAACAAAGUGACUCCUUUAUUUUCUGUUUGGGGUGCCUUGGUUGAAAGUACUUUGAAUUUUGAUAAAAGUGAAUCUCCAGAGGCUUUAGUCAUGCAGAAAAUGGAUCAGCAGUCAAAAUUGGCAGAACUUACAAAUGAUGGUCUUCAUUCAUUAAUCCUGAGUAAGCAAUUGAAGAGUAACUCCCAAAAGGAGGAAGAAAAUCAACUUAAGUAUUCAGAGAAACUGACAGUAUCCAAUGUUCAGCAGCGAGACUUUACUAAAAAUAUAAGGCAAGGAUUCCCCUUAAAUAAAAGUAUUCCUGUGAAAAAACAAAGUUUGUUAAAAUCUGAUUAUCAAGUAAGUCCAACAUUAUCUCAGGCUAAAUCAAGUAAAGAAGAUGAUAAAAUCAUUACAGCUGAUUCUGUUUCAGAUCCUCCUGUACCACAGUUUAGUAGGGAUGAGCACAAAAGGUGUGAUCUUCCUCAGGAACAGUCUUUCAAAGAGCCUGAGAAAACAUUAUUUAAAAGUGCAUUGAAGCUCUUUGGUCGAGAAGAAUCUUCAGCAGGAACAAUGGCAAAUGAAAAACAGGCAUCUAGAUUUUUGAACCUCUUUAAAACCCAGGCGAAUAAAGAAGAAUCAUCAAACUUGGAAAAGAGUGAUGGUGAUAAAAAUGGAAAGACAUCAUCUCAGGAAAAGAAAGAAUCUUCUAGUGUUUCAAAUUUUUUUGGUACCCUUGGGGAAUUCUUUAAAACCAAUGUAUCUCCCAUACAAACAACUGAAAAUAUGCCUCUUUCUUCAGCAAAUGAUAAGGAUGAGGUCAAGUCAAGUCUUAAUUCUGUACAGCUAAAUAGUCAAGGUAUUGGGAACGUAGAAACUCCUGCAGCAGUUUCUGUUGAAGGGAAGAUUAGAGGUAGAAGUCUGAACAAACAGGCUACCAUUGAUGACAGUAGGCUAAGGGAACCAUCAAUCAAGGAAACCCAGGAUAGUAAUUUAAACGAAAAAGAAAAACCCUUCAGAGACCACCUAAUCCAGCAGUCAACAGAACCAUCUUUCUCAACAAGUUGUCUCAAAGACUCUCCUAGAGAUUCUUCAAAAGAAACUAGUGACAUGUCUACAGUGACAGAAGGUCCAAAAAGUAGUAAAAUUCCUUUUGAUAUUCUGAGCAGAAGAAAAUCAAAUGAACUAGAUCAUCUUCCUGGUAAAGACUGGAGUUUUUCAACUGCUACAACAUCUCCAUCCCAACCAGAACCAUCGAUCAGAAAGAGUAUAUUUUCUUUCUUGAAUAGAUCUGAAAAAUCUGAGAACAGAGCCUCUACUGCUUUACCAAGAGUCAGAUCUCAAGCAGAAGGGCUAUUCACACUUCCUUCCUUUUUUCCCACUACUAACUCAAGCAUCAAGGAUACCUCUUGUAAGAAGAGCUCUAGUUUCAGUUUCUUCAGCUUGUCCUUUUUGGAUGAAAAGCAGCAGACUCCUGUUGCUCCAGUGACUACCCAGCCCUAUAAGAAGCCAAGUGUUUUUGUAGACACUAUUGUCUCAAUGACUAGGGAAGGUUCUAGUGAUCAUAGAGACAGCAUAGCUCAAGAAGUAGUUCAUAAACAACAAUUGGCCCCUUGUAUUUCCACUAGCAACACCACUGAGAUUACCUCCCUGGCAGAUGAGUUCAGUGUAGAGAAAACACAGGGAAAACUGAGUUCCAGUAAUGAACCAGAGAUAUCUUCAGAUUUUCAGGUGAAUCAGGUACAAAAAGACACUGUUCCUCCUCCAUCAGAAUUUCAGUCACAUGCUGAAACUUUCUUCAUUGACCCAGAAACCCUUGAAGUAACAACUCCCCAGAAAGAAGAGGCUUGGAGCCAGAAAGCCUUCGCUGGUGACUCUCUGGCCAAGUCUUUUUCUUAUGAUAAACAUUUGAAUGAAAAACUCAAUGAUUUAGAUGCUUGUACUGAAUGCCAAAAUGAAACGUUUACUACAGACCCAUUGAACUUACCAUUAGAAAUGGUCUCUGAUGAAGUCUCACCCCAAAUCAAGGAGCCAGCUGCUGCUUCUUCAGACCCUGGGUUUGCAGGGCACUUCCAGAACAGAGAUGCAGAUAAAAAGGAGGACAAAUCAAUGCUAGACUCUAAAGUAGAAAUGCUUUCAGGGUUUAUGACCAAAGUUAAAUCUUUCUCUGGGUGCUUAAUUGAACCUCCUAAGACUUUUUCUGGACUUUUCUCUUCUCCUAAAUCUCCAAAGAAAAACUCCUUUCUCUCUUUUUCUUCUAAUGCAUCAUCUCAGCCUCUCAAAGGUGAGCUGUUUGGAAUUUUCAAAAGUUCCAAACCAGAAACAUAUAAACAAGAAUCAUCUGUUGCUACUUCAUGGCUUCAAAAUGGUUGUUCCAGAGAGGCUGUGGGAUCCAUACCUCCAGAAAGUUUGCAUACAGCUGCCUCUGCAGGACUCAAUUCAGACUCUACUCUCAGUGACUGUAGAAUGACUGUGGUUAGUACAAAGUCAGAAUUAGAUGGCUUGACAGAUGACCCUAAACUAACAACCAAAACGGAAAAAAAUAAUGUUCUUGAAAAUGUUUCAGAACCCCAAGGUUUUGAAACAGUUGCUACAUCUUCUGUCUCAGAGGAUGAUAUGAGGCAAGGAGUAUUGUCUUUAAGUGAUGAAGGAGACACGGGAAUGCAGCAGGGUACAGACACAGAGGCAUCAUUAGAAGCAGAGCAUAUUCUGCUACCAACACAGUUGCAUCCAGAUCCUGCCUGGAUUGCUGAAGAGCUUCCUCCUUCAAUUCAACCACCUCUUCUUGAGCCAGAGCUAGCUAUUCAGACUGCCUCUACAAACCAAAACGUCUUGGAAGUACAGGCAACCAAUUCACUAGAAACCAAUACUACACUGUUUGAUGAGGGAAAUGUCAAUGAGAACACCGCUUCAGAAACCCAAGGGGAUCUUUUUCAUCCUCUGCAGGAAGAACCUGUGCUUUAUGCCAAAGAAGUUUGUGGGGUACUUAAUGCCCAGGAAGAUCCACCUGUAGUCCCUCAGGAAAUGGAGCAGCCAAGACCUCUUUUUGAGAUCCCAAACAUGACCAACUGGCCAAAGCUCCGCUUCCCAUCCUCUACUACUGACCGUGGGAAGACACUGAGCUCUUUCUUUUCCUCACCUUCUCCCUCUGGCAACAAAGCAGUAGAGAGUGGUUUAAUGUCUGGUUUUAAGAAGUUGUCAACUCUAUUUGAGGGAGGUAAUGAAGGAAGUGUACCGCCAAGUAAUUCAAAACUAGGAUUUGGAAAGAAACUGGAUCUUUCAUUUUCAUGGCCCAAAGAGAACAAAGGGGACUCUGAACAUGUUCCUGGAGAAUCCUCCCCUCCAAUUUUGAUUAUCAGCAAUGAUCUUAACUCCAGUGAGGCCAGCAAAGCUUCAGAGUCUUCUCAAAUACCUGUAGCCAGUGCUCAGCCAGAUGAGGUCUUUACUCAGUCCUCUGGGACCUCUGAGCAGCUGGAUGCCAGGCCAAGUGUCUCUGUUCACGGAUUGUCAGGGCCUGAAGAAGUGAAAACCCAGCUGGAAAUCUCAGCAUCUGGAGAACUUGGAGGUUCCCAAGGCAAUCUCUCUGGUUCCACCUGUCCUUCAUGGAAACCUGAGGAAGAACACUGUACUGUCUUUGAGCUGCCUAAUCAGCCAGAAAAACAAGAAGAGGAGGUGUUGCCUGCUAGUAUCUCAGCAUCUGGAGAACUUGGAGGUGCCCAAGGCAAUCUCUCUGGCUCCACUUGUCCUUCAGGGAAACCAGAAGAAGAACACUGCACUGUCUUUGAGCUGCCUAAUCAGCCAGGAAAACAAGAAGAGGAGGUGUUGCCUGCUAGUACUGACCGUGUUUCAAGUGAACAGCGACCAGUCACUCCGGAUCACAUUAAGGAACCAAUGACCAACAAAAGGCCUGUUCUCAACUCAAGCAUCAUAAAUGGUUUUAAGGAAUUGACCAUUUAUGAUGCAGGUGACUUAGUGUUAGAUUAUGUUAGUUUGCUUUUUAUCCUUUCUGUGUCUUUCCUAACACCUGUGUUUCACAUUAAUUAGGGGUUAGUGACAAGAGCUAAUACAUGGGUAUUUUCAUUCUCUCCCUUCUCUCUAAUGUCAAAUGUAAUUCAUUUGUUGGAACAAGGAGCUUCUUGCUUAAAGGAAAGGCUGAGCCCUGAGAUUUACUCACUCUAGUUUGCUCUUCCUUAUAUAAUGUGGAAUGGAGAAAGGGAGGGCAGGAAGAGGGAGCAAGUAUUUAAGGGGCAUAUAUUAAUUACAACUAUGUAAUAGGGUUGGAUUCUUCCUUGGUUUGGUCUUAGGCACUUACAUCUUAUACUAGAUAGGGAGAAACCUAAUUUGCUUUGGUUUUCCACGUCUUCUAAGAUGCUUCCUCCAGUGGCCAUAAGGAUAUUAGGUAAAAUACAAAAAAAAAAUGACUUAGAACAAUCUAUAUUCUAUUCAACAUGGAUUUGAAUAGCUUUUUGUCAGGUAUCAAUCUCUGAUACCAAGGUUUCACAAUGCUCUAUACUGAAAAACUACAGCAAGGGGUAGCCCAAGUUACUAUGAGACUUUAUUCAUCAGACAUUAUUCUCUGCUUUGAACCACCUUGAGGCCGAAAGUGCUUUGGUAAAGUCUUGCAGGAGCUCAGCUAUCCAAAAUUAUAGUUCUUCAAUAAUACCAUACAGUGUAGUUUAAGAGUGCUACCUUGCGGGGGGGGGGGAAGACUUUAUGAUUAAAAAAGAAUGAUAAUAAUCAUAAUAAGAAUGCUACCUUGACCUUUGACCCAAACAUGUCCAGAAGAGCUGGUCAGGGGUUUUAGAGAUUGGGCAGGGCAUGAUACACGUGUGUGCAUGUAUACAUGUGCAUUGGGGACUACUCAGAACAGUGACUUAUUACUAUUCUGCUGACAUGUGAUGGAAAUAGGAAAUCAGCCUAAAAACAGCAGGUAAUUGAGAGGAACCAUAAGGAAAAUAUCACUGGAAAACAUCAAUGAUUUCUCUUAAUUUAACCAAGGAUAAAUAAAUUUAAGCCCUUAGGUAAAGGCUUGACUCUGUCACAAGAAAAAUCCUGUUGUUGUUUUUUUUUUUUUUUUUUUUUGCAUGGAAGCUUUCCAACAGGAUACCAGUAAUAAAAUGAGGACUCCUGACUUGGGAUGCAGAUAACAUCAAGUCCCUCUGUCUUUAUUAGGGCUGACUCCUUUAGAUGAUAGGACUAUUAGGCUCAAGGGGGUAUCAUGGAUACUGCCCUUCUUUCCACCACUGUGCCAUUUUCACCACUUUCCCUACCACAACUAACUCUCAUUGUGGGGGGACAGAUUUUUUUCUCAGCAUGGGAAUUCAGGUGUUUGAGAGAGCGUUGGGCUAACCUUAUUUCAGAUAUGGAGAUGCAUUAAUAUGACUAUGACCCAGAAGGGUUAGAUUUGUCGACUUUAUCCAUAACUGAUUCUUUCCCUGAGAGAAACUUAUAUACAAAGGAGAAGUUCAUCUUUGGGAUACUUCUGUAUCCCAGGGGUAUAGGUAUACUGUAGCAUUUAUGUGGAUGAGACCACUCCUUUGUGGAAUUUCUUGGUCUUGGCCUCUAUCUCCCAAUGGCUUCCAUUAACGCAUCCUACAAAUGUCUAAGAGGUAAUUGAAGGAACAUGUUCCUUCUUAUUUGAUUAUGCUAUGGUAUAGGUGUACUCAUUUAUAAUUGUAGGGAAAUAAAUAAGGACUUCAGUUUAUUAAAUAAUAGAAAAAGUAGAUUCAUUCACUCCACUAUGUGGAAAUUAGCAAACUUUAAUCACAGCCACUGGACAAGUUUAUUUAGAAGACAAAAGAAUUUUAGGGAUAGGCAGUAGUCAUUUUACUAUUUCUAUUGAAAAAUAGCAUGUUAAGAUAAAUUGUUCUUAAAGGGUAGGUGUAGGGCUGAAGUUAAAUGCUGUGGGAGAACCCAGCACAUUGCUUUUUCCCUAUUGUGGUUCUGCUUAAUAGAGACUAGUUUUCUAGAUUAGGACGUUUGGUCCUCUCUUCCUAGGAACCUCCUGUUUGUGGUUAUUGCCCUUGAUGUAAUGUUUAUUUCCUGAAUUUAUCUAUACUUGUACCCUGGUCCCUAGUUUGCAUUUAUUUACUCA